AUGUCAAAAAGUCACUUCGGGACACUGCAAAUAGCUGUAAAGAGUUGGCUGAGAUGUGAAGAACAGACAUGCCAGUAUCGUACCCGUCGACUUCCUCUCCGUUUUUCCCGGAAUGGACCUCUGUGUCCAGUCUGUAAGAAAGCUAUUGUUAAACGAGAGUACUCUGACAAGGCCUUAUUCACCCAGCUAUGCUUUUACCGUUAUAUUUUUGAUGUGGACUAUGCAAAAGAAAAAUAUACUGGUCCAGAGAAAGAUGAAUUGAAGAAGAUGUUGGAAGCUUACAAGGAAGGAUACAAAAACCUGAAGAACACAGUUGACAAAUGGUUGUCUAUGAGUAGCUAUUCUGAAGUAAACCUCGGCAAACUCUUUCAGACAUUCAGCAUAGUAAAAUACGGGGACGAGUCCAGUACUUAAAAAUAUUGUUUGUGGGCUCUGUUUAUAGGCAGUAAUCUACCUUUUUUUCUCUUAUUUUCUAUUUACUGAGGCAUACUAGUAUGGCUGUAGAUUAAGAAAACUAUUCAGUACUAAAAAUAUGUAAAAGAAAAGCAGAUUAAAAAUUGAUGGAUAUAAUAAGUAGCUUACAAUUUAGAUUUUAUAAUAGGUUGUUGUAUAUUGAGACCUAGAAUGGAAGCAAGAAAUAGAAAAUGCUCAUUUAACUGAAUAAUUUCCAGUGAGAAUUGCUGGAAUGCACAUGAUCCUAGACUUUAAUCAAGGUAUUUAGCAGAGGUGUUUUCAGGAAAAGAAGUUAACAAAGGUCUUAGUAGGAGCACUGAUGGAUUCUCUUUUCAUUAUUUAUCUACUAUGUGUUAAUAUGACAAUAUUAAGGUUCUUUUUGUUCUGGGAGGAUAUAUCAAACAAGAGUAUUGUGCUGCAAUGAUGCAGCAUAACUGAAUUAAAACUAUAUAUGAAGGAAUCAAUUGAUUUCUUUAUAGGCCAAAAAGAUUGUGUGUUGCAAAUUCUUUCAGCCCUUUGAAUGUUAGUCAUUAAUUCCUUGGGAGUCAUCAAAACAAAUAGGGCAGCCUAUUAUCAUUAGAAGAAGCUAGUUGAGACAAAAAUGGAGUAAAUUUAAGCUGACAAAAGGAAUGUCCUUAUAGUAAGCAAUUAAAACCAUGGAAACAUCUUAUAAUGAUUAUAAUAUUUUAAUUGCCAAUAAACAAUUAACAGGUACAAUAAAAGUCAAGCCAACCUCACUGGCUGGGAUUUGGGGCUGGGAAAGAGAGAUGCUGGACUCCUUAUAUAGAUAUCUUUCUUAACUUCUAUGAGGGUAGUAAAUGUAUUAGUAUAUGUAAAAGCAUUUUUACAUAUUAGUAUAUGUAAAAGUAUUUUAUUAGUAUAGUAUAUGUAAAAGCAUUUUAAAUGUGGAUGUAAACAUUUACAGAGUUGAAGGAAAUAUAAUAAAAUUAUUGGUAUAAAUAUUUGAAUGGUGCAUUCAUAUGAAAUAUAUCCGUGAAACAGAAUAAUAAUAUGGGUGGACAAGCCAUUUGUACUUU